ACGAGUUUCGGUUCCGGAUCGACUGACCAGUCGCUAUAUUUCAAACUUAGCGAAGACGAGAACGCCAGAGUAGACGAUUGAAGCCCUUCGAUACGGGGGGUGCCAGAGAAGAUCACGGGCCGGUCGACGGUACUUUGAAAGGAUAUAUACUUAUAUAUCGUACCACACCCCCGCGCAUCCCAGCAGCUAUUUCCUGUUUCCCUGGGUUAUAGUUCCUCCACCCUGCAAACGUUAUUUCCGGUCCAGCUCUGUCGUCAGUGGUUCCUGUGCCUUACUUGCUGCUUCCUGCUGCUCCCUGACUAUAGAUUUGACCGGAAUACGUCUGCCGCUAAACAAACAUAACGUCCGUCCUUUGUGCACACCGGUACCCCCAAAGAAAGGAAGAUAAUAUCAAUAGAAGUCCUGUUAGAGACUCCUAUAAUCCUUCAUUUUCCAACACAGGUAAGGCUACUGGGGACAUAGUCUCCGGUGCACUGGAUUUACUUUCUUCGCAGUGGCUGCCCCGUAUCAACUCGACGAGUACCCGUACCAUACCCAUCGUCAUUACCACCACCACCACCACCAUUCCCAAUCGCCUUAUAUCCAACAGGAACACGAGCCUCGGGGCCUCGACUCCCUUGAAGAUCUGAACGAGCCGCUGCUUCUAGUACAGCAGAUGGCUCAUCAAAGGCCCCCGCCACACAUGGGCGGGGCAGGAGGUAGUGGGAGCCUUUACGGUCCGGGACUAUCUUCGUCCAGCAAGCCAAGAGCAAGAACUCAUGAUGAAAUAGAAAUCGAUCUUAGUGGCAUGCGAGGAGAUGAGGACGACCAAGAUGUGGAUUCUCACUACCAGCAUCAACACCUUCCCCCCCCACCACAUCACCACCCACACCCGCAACACACUCACCACCACCACAUGCCGGAUCAACCACCGCCCGCAAAGAUAGCACGAACAAGCUCGGUAAUGGGCGUGGGAGGGAGUUCGCAGAUGGGAGGUUCGCCAAUGGGAAUACCGGGGCCAUCAUCACUUGCUGGGCCAUCGAGCUCGCAACAAAUGCCAGCGCCGGCACCGAGACCACGAGGCCCGAAACUCAAGUUUACACCUGAGGAUGACCAACUGCUCGUCGACCUGAAGGAGAACAAGGCACUGACUUGGAAACAAAUUGCCGAAUUCUUCCCUGGCCGCUCAUCAGGCACUCUGCAAGUUCGUUAUUGCACAAAACUGAAAGCCAAGACCACGCAGUGGACAGACGAGACUGUAAGAAAACCUUCCCCCGUUCUUUUCCCAAAUUUGGGAGGGUUACAUACCCCGGAUUUCCCCCUUUAUAGGGCCAUUUCGUAUUCCUCUUCGACUCUGAAGACGCUUUAGCUUUUCUAACAUCAAGGCCGUGCCGUUGCCAAUAAAUAAAGGUGCUACGGCUCCGAAAUGCUAUCCAGGAAUACGAUCAAGAUCGUUGGCGUCUUAUCGCUGCCAAAGUUGGAAAUGGCUUUUCCCCAGCCGCUUGCAGAGAAAAAGCAAAAGAGCUGCAGGAGCCUUAGGUUCCGAAACAAUCACUCGCAGCAACGAGGUCUUACACCAGCAGAUCAUUCUCCUCGUCUCUCUGCGGCUGCCGAUGGCUUUUAACGUUGUCUAGCGCUGAAGCAUUCGGGAAUCAUUUCUGCUUCAUUCUAUUCUUGAUUUGGUUUGAAAUUUCUUUAAUAAUAAUUUUUUUGUCACAGGAGCGAAAGAGAUGGUAAGAAAAAAGGCCUCGGGCGUGAGUUGGGCAUGGCCGGGAAACAGGCGCAGCAUAUACUUUGAUUCGAAUUCGGGAAGGGGGAUAGGGGGUUGGCAUUUUUUUUUCGAAUGCGUAGGGGCAAUAUCGGCGUUCUUUCUUUUCUUUUCUUUCCUCCUUCCCUCCCCUCAUCCAUUCCGUUGGGUUAAUUUUUCCACAUUACCCUCACUGCCUCUCCUCCAUCUGCCAUUUUGCUGUUCACUUUAUCUGCCUUCCCUUCCCCCCCUUUCUUCAUUAUAUCCUGGUUUCUUUCGUCUUCGGGAGGGUUUCUCGUAAUUGCCCUUUGCGACUUGCCAGCAACGUGAGGUGCAAUUGGCCUCUUAUGUCCAUCAGCGUUGAUUACGGCGGUUACCGAAUUUGCUUUUUUUUUGCGGGGGAGGAGGCCGCUUGGUGGGACGAGUGCUAGUUUGUGGACCAGAUGUGGCGGUGGUAAUAGCGGCAGUUGUUUGGUUGGGUUUUUCUUCUUUUCUUUUUUUCGUUCAAUCUUUGGGAUUCAUGGUUACUGGUAUGAUGUUAUGAUAUACCCUUACCUUUGUGAGCGUCAGGUCCAUUUGUAUAUUGGUGGUAAUUCCUGUCAUCUCUUUAAUUUCUAUCUCUUAUUCUUUUAUCUUUUCCGCUUUCAAGAGAUAUCGCCCCCUCCCAUUUUUUCGUUACCAUUUCUUCACCCCCCCCCCCUUUCGAUUUAUUAGCAUGUUCUUUUGGUGUUUUUACCCCAUAUUCACUAUUUUCACCAUCUUUUUUCGCCAUUAUUUGCAAAAAAAAACAAAAAAACUUCGCCAUCAUUCACUUCAACCUGCGAUUUUUAUAUAAUACCUGUUUAUUGUGGGAGAGGGGCAAUACAUGUACUUCUACUCGCCUUCUAAUGUUUUGGCUAUUUUUUCUCCUUUCAUUUUUUUUCUUUUUUCUACCUUCCAUUCAUAUUUUUUUUUGUACCAUGCAUUUAUAUCCUUUAAUCAUCAUCAUUUUUUUCUCUUUUCGCCUGCAUACUCUGCUACCGGUAUAUUUUCUUCGGUUGGGUUUUCAAAGAGCGGAAACGAUUGUGAAUUUUUCGAAGGAAGGAGGUUUUCUUCCUUUUCCUGAUUCGGAUUGGUGGGGAGCGAAUGAGAAGCUGUAUUAAUAUCAUACCCUUGGCUCCUUCAUUUUCAUUUCUCAUCGGACCUCUUUCUUCUCACUCUGGUCGACAAAAGGGGGUGAUGAGAGGACAAGCAGCGGGCCAAUCAAUUGAUCGAUCGGCACAACCGACCGUUUCGAGAAAGAAUACCUACCUGCCUACCGGUACAGUACCUGCCCUGGAAGGAGAGAUGGAGUGUGGGGAAAUGUUCAUCCACUUGGUAACCACACAACCAACCCUUCUAAUUUGUCUUGCCCAUUGGUCGUGGGGCAGGCAGGGAAAAGAGAAGGGGGGAGGGAGGGAGAAGGAAGUACGAAAUCCGAUCCGACAUCUGUUUGUAGAUAACACACCUGCAGUGGGGUGGUAUAGAAAAAAAAAAGUAAAAGAAAAACGUCGUGGGAAUUUCCGUGCGAGAUGAAGUUCGUCAUGUGUAUGUCAAAGCGAGGUUGUGAGUUGAUUACGGUAGUUGCAGUUGUGUACUGUGCUCGAGUGUGAAGACGGGGUUUUUUUUCCUUUUCGUUGCUCCUCCUCCUCCUCUCCCUGCCUGAACUGCCCCUGGCUGCCAGUGAUUUUUUUUUGGCAUCAUUGCCAUUUUUUCUUCCCCCUUUUCGAGGAGGAGUAGGGUAGUAUUGUAGGUAGGAUGGCAGAUACGGCAUGUGUUUUUUUUUUUGGAAACGAUAUGACGGCGUAGUGAGUGGUUGGGUUGGGGUACGGAGUGUCGCCCGGUGUGGUGGAGUACGGUAGCUCUGAAGGGAAGGGAAGAAUGGGGAGAGGUGUGGUGCAUGCGCAUGUAUGUGUGUGUAUGUGGUUCAUAGAUUGUGCAGUGCUUGUACGGUGCUUGUAAGGGCAGGAGAAUCUCGAAACGAGUAUCAUGACAUUGCUAUAAUUGCAUCGAGGGAUUGUAACUGAUUCUGUCUGUCGAUUGAUUGGCUAGUCGGUGAUGGGAUUGUAUGGCACUGGGAGCAGUAGCUUGGUUGAAGGAGGAUAGGAAGGGAAGGGUACUCGUACUGUAGGGGACUCGUAGAGGAUGUACGUAUGACAAGCGUUUCCUCAAUUCCUUCUCUCCACUCGAUGCACUGUACGAGUACUCCUCGACGGUCGGGAAAGUUGAGAGGCGGUGGGUGCUAUCGCUGCUGUCAAUUUUUUUUUCUUCCUUCCUUUCUAUCAUACCGCUACCGGUAAGGGAAGGGAGCGAGGAGGGAAAGGGUUGUUGGUGUUGAAUGCGGUGGAAUGGAUCACCGAGGGCUAUAUCGGGGCCCUUUAUACCCCUGUGGCGUCGUGCGAGUCUGAUGUCAGCUUGGUCAUUGGGAAUUGUUG